AUGAGGGGUGCUGUAGCUCUGCAGGUGUUGCUGUUCUGUCUGUCUGGGACAUGGGCUCAGGGAGAGAGAGGAGGGGUCAGUGAAGGAGGAGAGAGCAGAGAGAGGGAUGCUGAACAGUUGACUACCCAGCCUGAAAUCUGGACUGAGCUGAAGGAGCUGAGAGACAUUGUGGUGUAACAGAGAGUGGAGCUGAGGAACAUGGGGGCCAGACUGAGCACCAGUGAGAGCCAGGUGGAGGAGCUGCAGAAAGAGGUGGUGAACCAGAGAGUGGAGAUGAGUGUCACUAAGAAUUAACUGCAGUUCUACAAGAAUAAGGUGGAGGAACUGGAGAGUGAGAAAACAGGUACUACGUUAUGUAUAUACAGUAUCUGAAAAGGAUCUAGUUUGUAAAUUGAUAUACAUCAGAUAAAGAGCCCCUCACAUUUUUCUUAUAAUUCCAGUCCAAGCAGCAGAACUGUCAGCCAUGGGGGCCAGAGUGACAGCUAAUGAGAGAGAGGUGGAGGAACUGAAGAGAGAGAACACAGGUGAAAGAGGAUAUUCAUUUGAAUUUCAGUGUAUGUUUGCAGUGGAUUGGAUUGCACAUUCUUCAUUCAGUAUGGAUUAAAAAGCCUCUCUUCAUGUUAUUGCAGGUUUGAAGGCCAGACUGAGUGCCAGUGAGAGCCAGGUGGAAGAGCUGCAGAAAGAGGUGGUGAACCAGAGAGUGGAGCUGAGUGUCACUAAGAAUGAACUACAGUUCUACAAGAACAAGCUGGAGGAACUGGAGGGAGAAAAUGCAGGUAAAUUGAGGCAGCUAUAACUUAUGUUAUUUGAUUACUGUAAUUAACAAAUAACUAAGUUGGGUUUUGAAGUCAUCAACAGUUUAUUUGUAUCUUUUUACAUCAUAUUCUAGGACUGGAGGUCAGAGUGACAGCCAGUGAGAGAGAUGUGGAGGAGCUGAAGACAGAGAAUGCAUGUAAUGUAGCGAUAGGAACAUAUCAGACUGGUCUCAUAGACUAGAUGUAACAUAGUAAAUAAAUAAAUAAAAGAUAUAAAAAAAGAUAUAAAAAUGUCACAUGCGCCGAAUACAACAGGUGCAAAUAAACUAAAGUAAAACAUAAAAUAAAAAGUAACAAAAUAAAAUAACAAUAACGAGGCUAUAAACAGGGGGUACCGGUACCGAGUCAAUGUGCGGGGUUACAGGUUAGUCGAGGUAAUUUGUACAUGUAGGUAGGGGUAAAGUGACUAUGCAUAGAUAAUAAACAGUGAGUAGCAGCAGUGAGCUAGCUAAUGUUAGCUUUAGCCACCUAGCCACCUAGCUAACGUUAGCAACAAGAAAUUGGAAUUCGUAACAUUUCAUAAAUUUUACAAAUUCGUAACAUAUUGUACGUUUUUAGAAAAUUUGUCCCAUAUUGUACGAAUUGCAAUUUGGUACAUAUCAUACAAAUUCUAAACCGUAACAUACAUGAAAUGGAUAAUGGAUUAACACAUACCAUACAAAACCUAACAUAUCAAACUAAAUGGAGUAUCUCAGAUAUACAGUGGAGAGAACAAGUAUUUGAUACACUGCCGAUUUUGCAGGUUUUCCUACUUACAAAGCAUGUAGAGGUCUGUAAUUUUUAUCAUAGGUACACUUCAACUGUGAGAGGCGGAAUCUAAAACAAAAAUCCAGAAAAUCACAUUGUAUGAUUUUUAAGUAAUUAAUUUGCAUUUUAUUGCAUGACAUAAGUAUUUGAUACAUCAGAAAAGCAGAACUUAAUAUUUGGUACAGAAACCUUUGUUUGCAAUUACAGAGAUCAUACGUUUCCUGUAGGUCUUGACCAGGUUUGCACACACUGCAGCAGGGAUUUUAGCCCACUCCUCUAUACAGACCUUCUCCAGAUCCUUCAGGUUUCGGGGCUGUUGCUGGGCAAUACAGACUUUCAGCUCCCUCCAAAGAUUUUCUAUUGGGUUCAGGUCUGGAGACUGGCUAGGCCACUCCAGGACCUUGAGAUGCUUCUUACGGAGCCACUCCUUAGUUGCCCUGGCUGUGUGUUUCGGGUCGUUGUCAUGCUGGAAGACCCAGCCACGACCCAUCAUCAAUGCUCUUACUGAGGGAAGGAGGUUGUUGUGCAGUCGUCCUGUCCCCUUUGCAGAAAAGCAUCCUCCAAACACGGCGAGUGGAGUUUAGACCAAAAAGCUCUAUUUUUGUCUCAUCAGACCACAUGACCUUCUCCCAUUCCUCCUCUGGAUCAUCCAGAUGGUCAUUGGCAAACUUCAGACGGGCCUGGACAUGCGCUGGCUUGAGCAGGGGGACCUUGCGUGCGCUGCAGGAUUUUAAUCCAUGACGGCGUAGUGUGUUACUAAUGGUUUUCUUUGAGACUGUGGUCCCAGCGCUCUUCAGGUCAUUGACCAGGUCCUGCAGUGUAGUUCUGGGCUGAUCCCUCACCUUCCUCAUGAUCAUUGAUGCCCCAUGAGGUGAGAUCUUGCAUGGAGCCCCAGACCGAGGGUGAUUGACCGUCAUCUUGAACUUCUUCCAUUUUCUAAUAAUUGCGCCAACAGUUGUUGCCUUCUCACCAAGCUGCUUGCCUAUUGUCCUGUAGCCCAUCCCAGCAUUGUGCAGGUCUACAAUUUUAUCCCUGAUGUCCUUACACAGCUCUCUGGUCUUGGCCAUUGUGGAGAGGUUGGAGUCUGUUUGAUUGAGUGUGUGGGCAGGUGUCUUUUAUACAGGUAACGAGUUCAAACAGGUGCUGUUAAUACAGGUAAUGAGGGGAGAACAGGAGGGCUUCUUAAAGAAAAACUUACAGGUCUGUGAGAGCCGGAAUUCUUACUGGUUGGUAGGUGAUCAAAUACUUAUGUCAUGCAAUAAAAUGCAAAUUAAUUACUUAAAAAUCAUACAAUGUGAUUUUCUGGAUUUUUGUUUUAGAUUCUGUCUCUCACAGUUGAAGUGUAAUUACAGACCUCUACAUGCUUUGUAAGUAGGAAAACCUGCAAAAUCGGCAGUGUAUCAAAUACUUGUUCUCCCCACUGUACGUACAGAAUAAUACGAAAUGCUCUGAGACCACGUUGGAAAAUAUCUACAGAAUUGUGUUUUCAUUAGUCUCUAUCAGAUUGAACACUGUAGGUAUAUUUCCUGUAAUUCUAGUCCAAGCAGCAGAAUUGUCAGCCAUGGGGGCCAGAGUGACAGCCAGUGAGACAGAGGUGGAGGAGCUGAAGAGAGAGAAUGCAGGUAAUGGAGGCUAUUUCAUUGAUCCCACUGAUUACCAUUUUGAUAAUUUGUUUUUUUAUUCAGUAUGGAUCAGAAAGUAUUUUAAUAUGGUUUUGUCUUUGGAGGACAGGGUGACAGCCAGUUGAAGGAGCUGAAUAGAAUAUAUAUAUAUUAUACAGCAUAUUACAUUAUUGUGGAACCUCUGUGUUCACAGAUAGACCUAAAGUGGCAUUCCAUGCUGGUUUAGAAAGAACGGUUGGACCCUUUGCUGAUAGUAAAAUAACUCUGGACUACACUAAUGUCACCACAAAUAUUGGCCAAGCCUACAGCCCAGUUACAGCUCCUGCUUACACACCUGUAUUAACUCACAUGUCCACAUUGGGUAACUACAGGCACCGACAUCACUACCAGGCUGCUCCCUGUUUUUCCUCUGAUGCGGGUGUCUUCACAGCACCAGUGAGAGGAGUCUACUACAUCAGAUUCACUGCCAUGGACAACCUCUCACCAGCACGGGUAGUUGUGUCUAUGUUCAAGAAUAACCAGCUUAUAACAUGGGCAGCUCAGAACAAUCACGGAGGCAACCAGUAUCUAUCCAGUGCGGUGACUCUGGAGCUGGAAGAGGGGGACUUGGUCUACAUGCGCCUCCCCUCAGGCAACAAACUCUUUGAUGAUGAUACAAUUAGUCACAGCCCCUUCAAUGGCUUCCUGCUCUUCCCUAUGUGAGGGGAAAUCAGAUGGAAAGUCAGAGGGUUAAAAGAGCCCCAAAUCUUCCUCUAACAACCUGAUGACAGAAAAGCAAAUUGACUUAUUUCUGUUCUACUGAUAUAGAUGUUUUAUGUACUAGAUUAUAUGCUAUUUUUGAGAUGACAGAAAAUAACAUAAGUCCAUUUUGAUUGAACUUUAUUCAUGUGUGUAUAUUCAGAGGUAAUCUGAAGUACAUAAACAAAUGAAUGAACAAAUGAAUAAAUACAUGAUAAAUACAUAGGUAAAUAACAAAAACAAACAAAGUAGGUUGGUGUUGAAUACGUACUAGGUUCAUUAACAUACUGUAAAUAUCCAAUAAAACUGAAGAACUGUGAACCAGUCAUUAAGCAAUGGAAAUGAUUUGAAGUGAGGAAUGGUUAGAUCAGAAUGUUAAGACCAGGGAGUUCAGUCUCAGAUCAUCUCAAUGUCAGCCUCCCUGGCAGGGUUCUUCUUGUGGUACUCAGAGAUGCGGCUCUCCAUGACCGGACGGAAGUGCCGGACCAGACCCUAAAGUGGAAGAGAAGGUUGGAGUGAAGGAAGAGAAGGAGGUGGGGGUCAGGAUGUUACUUCACUAGUAUCUCCACAUCCGUUCUCAUCUAACUCUUCACCCCACUCUAACAACCUGUAUCAACCAUUGACCUCAGUAGUCUCACCUGUUCCUGUAUCAACCUUUGACCCCAGUAGUCUCACUUGUACCUGUAUCAACCUUUAACCCCAGUAGUCUCACCUGUUCCUGUAUCAACCUUUGACCCCAUUAGUCUCACCUGUUCCUGUCUAACCUCUGACCGUAGUAGUCUCACCUGUACCUGUCUAACCUCUGACCCCAGUAGUCUCACCUGUACCUGUCUAACCUCUGACCCCAGUAGUCUCACCUGUACCUGUCUAACCUCUGACCCCAGUAGUCUCACCUGUACAGGCCAUGCGGCCCCGUCCCCCAGGGCACAGAUGGUAUGGCCCUCAAUCUGUUUACUCAGCUCCCAGAUCAUAUCAAUCUCUGAGUUGGCCGCGUCACCACGCACAAACCGCCACAUCAUCUUAUCCAUCCAGUCCACUCCUGGUGGGGGGGAGAGAGAGAGAUAGGGCGAGGGACAGAGAGAUCAACUAACCACCCAGUUACCUGGUUUUCUUUGUGCCACACAGAUAUCAAAUUAUCAGAAGUGAGAUGGGGUUUUAUGUUUGAGCAAUAAGCUAUAUAGUAGCAAAACCUGUGGACAUUAUAUUAUCAAAAUAAUAUAGGGUGGCAGGUAGCCUAGCGGUUAAGGGCGCUGGUUCGAAUCCCCGAGCAGACUAGGUGAAGAAUCUGCAGAUGUGCCAUUGAGCAAGGCACUUAACCCUAAUUGCUCUGGAUAAGAGCAUCUGCUUAAUGACUAAAAUGUAAAAAACAGAGCAUGUAGUACCUUACCUUCCCUACAGGGGGUGCACUGGCCACAGCUCUCAUGUUUAUAGAACUCAACCAGACGGGCGAUGGCUCUGAUUACGUCAGUCUGGGAGAAUGGAGUACACACAUAUUCUUCACAAUUUGAUUUGUUCUUAUAAAACAAUGUUCAUCAAUAUAAAGUAAAUAGUGUGUGCGUGAGUGCAUGUUUACAGAUUUGUCCAUGACGAUGAUGGCGGCAGUGCCCAGAGCGGACUCUGCGCGGACGAGGUCAUCAAAAUCCAUCAUGACAUCAUCACACACAGAGCGAGGGAUAAUGGGUGUGGAGGAGCCUCCAGGGAUCACUCCCAGUAGGUUGUCCCAGCCGCCCCUCACACCUCCUGAACCAAUCAGAGUCGAGGGGAAGGGAGUGUCAGGCGCACAAAUAUCAGCAGCACCAAUAAUAUACCCACUCUGGCAUACACACACAGUAACACAAAUACAGGCAGUACUAGAAAACUUGUCACAUUAACACUUGCACGAACACACACAGACGCACACACACCUGCGUGUCUCUCUAUGAGUUCUCUGAGAGGAAUGGACAUCUCUUCCUCUACUGUGCAUGGAGUGUUCACAUGACCAGAGAUGUUGAACAGCUUUGUCCCAGCAUUCCUCUCUCUCCCAAAGCUUGCAAACCACGCUCCACCUCGACGACAGAUAGCAGGCGCCACGGCAACCGUCUCCACGUUAGCAACCGUUGUUGGGCAUCCGAACACCCCUGGAGACCCAAAGACAAUGUGGUACAUUGAGAGAAAAUCAAUAAGAAGAGCAUUUAUUUUCACAGUAUAAUCUACAGAAAACAAUUGAACUGUCAGAAAUGCAAUGUACAGUUCCCUUAUGGAAAAAAACCACAUGAACCACAUUCAUGUUUUUAUGUGAUCACAUGUGAAGUUAAUGUGAUAACAUGUGACAACAUGUAAAGCAACCUGUGAUAACAUGAAACUACACAUUUUUCUGUUAGGGUUUUGGUAGACCAUAUUAUCAUUCUUUUGGUUGUUUCUUUUUUGGCAAGAAGGAGGUAAAUCCAAAGGUGGUAGGUGUUUACCUAUGUUAGCAGGUAAGUUAGAAAGGAGUGACAGGAGAAAGGGGUCAAAGAUCAAGGUCAAAGGUGGUAGGUAAUUUCCUCACCUAUGUCAGCGGGGAAGGGUGGUUUGAGUCGGGGUUUCCCCUGCUUGCCCUCCAGGGACUCGAUGAGGGCCGUCUCCUCCCCACAGAUGUAGGCUCCUGCUCCCCGCAUCACAAACACAUCAAAGUCGUACCCAGAGCCACACGCGUUCUUGCCUAUCAACCCUGCUACAUACGCCUCGUUUAUCGCCACCUGGUGGACAGGACAGGACAUACUGUAAGUGUGUGUGUGCUCGUGUGUGGAGGAGACAGGAGAGGACAUGACUCUAACCAGCCUGAGCAGGUAGUCUGACCUGUGUAUUGGAGGACUCGUUGUAGAACUCUGACCUGUGAAUUGGAGGACUCGUUGUAGAACUCUGACCUGUGAAUUGGAGGAAUCGUUGUAGAACUCUGACCUGUGAAUUGGAGGACUCGUUGUAGAACUCUGACCUGUGUAUUGGAGGACUCGUUGUAGAACUCUGACCUGUGUAUUGGAGGACUUGUUGUAGAACUCUGACCUGUGCAUUGGAGGACUCGUUAUAGAACUCUGACCUGUGCAUUGGAGGACUCGUUAUGGAACUCUGACCUGUGUAUUGGAGGACUCAUUGUAGAACUCUCCUCUGAUGUAGAUGUAAGCGGCGCGGGCUCCCAUGGCCCUCCCAGCCACCAGGCAGCCCUCCACCAGCUUGUGAGGGUCGUGACGCAUAAUCUCUCUGUCCUUACACGUCCCUGGCUCUCCUUCAUCUGCAUUCACUACCAGGUACUUAGGCCUGAGAUACAGACACAGAUACUGUAUGUUAUACACCAGUGGAGGCUCCUCUGAGGAGGAAGGGGAGGACCAUCCUCCUCCGUGAAUUUCAGAAACAUUUAAAUAGUGAAACAUUUCAAAAGUGAUCCUUUUUAGAUAAAACUAUACUAAAUAUAUUCACGUCAACAAAUAAUUGAUUAAAACACACUGUUUUGCAAUGAAGGUCUACAGUAGCCUCAACAGCACUCUGUAGGGUAGCACCAUGGUGUAGCCGGAGGACAGCUAGCUUCCGUCCUCCUCUGGGUACAUUGACUCAAUACAAAACCUAGGAUGCUCGUGGUUCUCACCCCCUUCCAUAGACAUUUACAUUUACAUCAUUUAGCAGACGCUCUUAUCCAUAGACUUACACAGUAAUUAUGACAACAUCCAGAGGAUGUCCUCCAACCUAUAAGAGCUCUUGCAGCAUGAACUGACAUGUUGUCCACCCAAUCAAAGGAUCAGAGAAUGAAUCUAGUACUGAAAGCAUAAGCUACAGCUAGCUAGCACUGAAGUGCAUAAAAUGUGGUGAGUAGUUCACUCAAAGAGAGAGAAAGACAAUAGUUGAACAGUUUUGAACAAAUAAAUGUAUUCAAAAGUGAAGGAGAAGCAAGAGAGAGAGAGAGCUAGUUAUAUUUAGUAUUUUUUUCACUUUCACUGCAGCUAGCUAGUUUAGCCUACUCAAACACCCGGCUCAGAGAGGUAUGCUAUGUUAGCUAGCUGACUAUGGCUAUCCAACACUGGAACUCUUCCAAGUCAAGGUAAGCUUUUGGUUGUAUUAAUUUAUUGCCUCCGGGGCCCGCCGGUGUAACUACUAAACUCCUUGCUGAUUGUACACUGUAUUGCAUGAUUGUAGCAGGGUUUACUAACACGUUAGUUCUAGUAGCUAUGUUGACUAUUUCAUUAUAAUAUGGUGACAACGAUGUAGGCUGUGUGUUGCGGUUAGCGGUUAUGAUAUGAAGGUUUGGCUUGGAAAGGUUUUUUCGCCUGGUUACAGACAGCUGAUGUGUUGUGCACUGGAGUCCACAAGCGAAGUGAAAAGGUGAGAGGAGGAGAGCAUGUAGAUGCGAGAAGAAAUUAUCCAACGAUCAAAGGGAUCAUGGUGUAUGUACAGUACCAGUCAAAAAUUUGGCCACACCUACUCAUUCCAGGGUUUUUCUUUAUUUUUACUAUUUUCUACAUUGUAGAAUAAUAGUGAAGACAUCAAAACUAUGAAAUAACACAUAUGGAAUCAUGCAGUAGCCAAAAAAGUCUUAAACAAAUCAAAAUAGAUGUAAUAUUUUAGAUUCUUCAAAGUAGCCACCCUUUGCCUUGAUGACAGCUUUGCACUUUUGGCAUUCUCUCAACCAGCUUCACCUGGAAUACUUUUCCAACAGUCUUGAAGGAGUUCCCACAUAUGCUGAGCACUUGUUGGCUGCUUUUCCUUCACUCUGCGGUCCAACUCAUCCCAAACCAUCUCAAUUGGGUUGAGGUUGGGUGAUUGUGGAGGCCAGGUCAUCUGAUGCAGCACUCCAUCACUCUCCUUCUUGGUCAAAUAGCCCUUACACAGCCUGGAGCGCAAACAGGUGGGAUGGGGUAUCGCUGCAGAAUGCUGUGGUAGCCAUGCUGGUUGCCAUGCUGACCUGCCUUGAAUUCUAAAUAAAUCACCAACAGUGUCACCAGCAAAGCACCCCCACAGCAUCACACCUCCUCCUCCAUGCUUCAUGGUGGGAACCACACAUGCAGAGAUCAUCCGUUCACCUACUCUGCGUCUCACAAAGACACGGCGGUUUUAACCAAAAAUCUCAAAUUUGACUCAAAUUAACUUUUAAGAAGGCACACCUGUUAAUUGAAAUUCAUUCCAGGUGACUACAUCAUCAAGCUGGUUGAGAGAAUGCCAAGAGUUUGCAAAGCUUUCAUCAAGGCAAAGGGUGGCUACUUUGAAGAAUCUCAAAUAUAAAAUAUAUUUUGAUUUGUUUAACACUUUUUUGGUUACUACAUGAUUCCAUAUGUGUUAUUUCAUAGUUUUGAUGUCUUCACUAUUAUUUUACAAUGUAGAAAAUAGUAAAAAUAAAGAAAAACCCUGGAAUGAGUAGGUGUGUCCAAACUUUUGACUGGUACUGUAUGCUGCUGCUAUGAAAGUGAACUGUGUUUGCGUGUGAUCAGGGGUGUAUUCAAUUUGCUUACCGCCCCAAUAGAUCCACAGAUGAUGCAAUUGCCAUCACACUGCACACUGCCCUAUCCCAUCUGGACAAGAGGAUUACCUAUGUAAGAAUGCUGCUCAUUGACUAUAGCUCAGCAUUCAACACCAUAGUACCCUCCAAGCUCAUCAUUAAGCUCUAGGCCCUGGGUCUGAACCCCGCCCUGUGCAACUGGGUCCUGGACUACCUGACGGGCCGCCCCCAGGUGGUGAAGGUAGGAAACAACAUCUCCACUUCACUGAUCCUCAACACUGGGGCCCCACAAGGGUGCGUGCUCAGCCCCCUCCUGUACUCCCUGUUCACCCAUGACUGCGUGGCCAAGCACGCCUCCAACUCAAUCAUCAAGUUUGCAGACGACACAACAGUAGUAGGCUUGAUUACCAACAAUGACGAGACUGCCUACAGGGAGGAGAUGAGGGCUCUGGGAGUGUGGUGCCAGGCAAAUAACCUCUCACUCAACAUUAACAAAACAAAGGAGAUGAUCGUGGACUUCAGGAAACAGCAGAGGGUGCACCCCCCUAUCCACAUCACCGACAAACUGAAAUGGUCCACCCACGCAGACAGUGUGGUAAAGAAGGCGCAACAGAGCCUCUUCAACUUCAGGAGGCUGAAGAAAUUUGGCUUAUCACCUAAAACCCUCACCAACUUUUACAGAUGCACAAUUGAGAGCAUCCUGUCGGGCUGUAUCACCGCCUGGUACGGCAACUGCACCACCCACAACCGCAGGGCUCUCCAGAGGGUGGUGCGGUCUGCCGAACGCAUUACCGGGGGCAAACUACCCGCCCUCCAAGACACAUACAGCACCCGAUGUCACAGGAAGGCCAAAAAGAUCAUCAAGGACAUCAACCACCCGAGCCACUGCCUGUUCACCCCGCUAUCAUCCAGAAGGCGAGGUCAGUACAGGUGCAUCAAAGCUGGGACCGAGAGAAUGAAAAACAGCUUCUAUCUCAAGGCCAUCAGACUGUUAAAUAGCCAUCACUAGCACAUUAGAGGCUGCUGCUGCCUAUUGAAAUCACUGGCCACUUUAAGAAAUGGAACACUAGUCACUUUAAUAAUGUUUACAUAUCUUGCACUACUCAUCUCAAAUGUAUAUCCUGCAUUCUAUUCUAUAAUAUUCUUCUGUAUCUUAGUCCAUGCCGCUCUGUCAUUGCUUGUCCAUAUAUGUAUAUAUUCUUAAAUCCCAUUCCUUACUUUUUUUGUGUGUAUUGGGUAUAUGUUGUGAAAUUGUUAGAUAUUACUGCACUGUCGGAGCUAGAAGCACAAGCAUUUCGCUACACCCAACAUAUGCUAAACAUGUGUAUGUGAAAAAUAACAUUUGAUUUGAUUUGAUUUGUAUUCAUUCCGCCGAUUCUGUUGAAAACGUUUAUUAAACGGACGCAAACGGAACAGGCUAGAGUGUACAAGGCGGUAUUGAAUGUAUCAAUGUCUGUCACCUUGAUUACUCAAAUUUCUCUCGACCUGUGCACCUAGCGUACAUGGUAAACUUUCAUUCAUAGGCUAGGUUGUAGCAACCUCAUGAUGGGUAUAGGGAAAACUUGAGUAUAAUGUAGUAGCCUAAAUCUAUUGAUGUUACAUUGAGCUGGGUGAGUCCCCUGUAGCUCAGUUGGUAGAGCAUGGCGCUUGCGACGCCAGGGUUGUGGGUUCGUUUCCCAAAGGGGGCCAGUAUGAAAAUUUAUGCACUCACUAACUGUAAGUUGCUCUGGAUAAGAGUGUCUGCUAAAUGACUAAAAUGUGAAUGGAAUAUAAAUGACAGUCAUCCAAUAUGCUGUAAUAGAAAUAAGGCCAUGCUUAUAAAAAAAUGGCACCGACUGCCACACAUUUACAUUUUAGUCAUUUAGCAGACGCUCUUAUUCAGAGCGACUUACAGGAGCAAUUAGGGUUAAGUGCCUUGCCCAAGGGCACAUCAACAGAUUUUUCACCUAGUCGGCUCGGGGAUUAGAACCAGCGACCUUUCGGUUACUGGCACUACGCUCUUAACCACUAAGCUACCUGCCGCUACCUACACACACACAUACUUUCUCUCUCUCUCGCUCUCUUUCUUACCUGCCGUCACUGGGUUUGUUCAUGAAGCCCCACUUCAUGCCGGUGGGGAAGCCAGCUCCUCCUCUCCCUCUCAGACCAGACACCUUGACCUCGUUCAGGAUCCAGUCUGUCCCCUUCAGGAGGAUCUCUUUAGUCUUAUACCAGUCACCCCGACGCAGAGCACCCUUCAGGCUGGGGACACAAUGGGAAAUAUAGAUGGUGUUUUUAAAUAGGCCACUAUCCCCUAAUACUUCCUAUGUACUUGGUGUAUGUGUUGUUUUCAGAUAUCAUGUAUUCUCGGGUAGGUUAAGGGAAGGGGACAAGGAGAGGAGGACACUUUAUGGAUGGUUAAGAAGGGGGCAAGAGUACUGUAUGUGCAUAGAUUUGAUGGUAUCCAGAGUGUGUAUGUGCACAGUGAUGUUAUGUUGGGAUGUUACUACCUCCAGUCAUGACGGCCAUACAAGUUUGUGAAAAUCCGGUCCUGAUCACUCAAGGGACCAAAUUUAGUCUUCUUUGGAUUCUCCUAGCAACCCAGAUAAACACACAGAAUAAUUUAUGUAACGAUAAUAGGCUAGAUGGAGACCUAGGCAGUUGUAGCCUAGUCUAGAAAACAGAAAUGGUUUAAACUACACUAGGUGAGAGAAGGCUACCUGUUGCUUCGCCGCGGUGCUGUAGCGCUGGCCCAGAUGGGGCGAGAGGCACUGCUGCGCGGCCGCCGAGUGCGCACCUGCGCUUCCUAGCAUCCGGCGCAGCGUCAACAUCCUGAGAGUGAAGGGAACUUUGUUUGUAGCCAUCUAG